CCUGGUGUUCUUUGGCAGAAAACGACGGAGAUACGACCAUAAACACAUAUGCUGUCUGUCAUGCGUGGAAGGGUUCCAAGUGGCUCUGAACCACUUGUUCGCACGCGGAAGUGUGUGUCCACUUCGAAAAGUGAGAAGGUGCCCCAAUUAAAAUUCGUAAAAUGUGGAUCAUUGUAGCAAUCAUUUGUGCUGCUCUAGCUGCAUUACUAUACAAAUAUGUGUUCCGUACAUCCGGACUAAAUCCUUUCGAUAUCGACACUCGUGAGCCGCUUAAACCACUGGUCACCCAAAAGAAGGAGAAAAACAAAGUUCUGAAGCAGAGUUUCUUGGCCAGUAAAGUACCUGAGAAACUAGAUGCCAUUGUCAUUGGCAGUGGAAUUGGUGGUCUUGGGGUGGCGGUGCUGCUGGCUAAGGUUGGAAAGCGGGUCCUGGUUCUGGAGCAACAUGAUCGGGCUGGAGGCUGCUGCCACACCUUCACAGAGAAAGGCUUUGAGUUUGACGUGGGUAUCCACUACAUCGGAGACCUGUUGGAACAUAAGCCCUUCCGCUGCAUGCUUGACCAGCUGACCAAUGGUCAGCUGCAGUGGGAGCCACUGAACAACCCCUUUGACCAGGUGGUGUUGGGCCCUCCUGGAAACAGGCGCACCUACCCCAUCUACAGUGGCAGGAACCGUUUCCCUGACGAGCUGAAGAAGUUAUUUCCUGGGGAGGAGGCGGCCAUCGAUGAGUACAUGAGGCUGGUCAAGAAAGCAGGACACAACAUUUGGUUCCUGGUUCUGCUGAAGCUCAUUCCUGUCCCCCUGGCCAAGUUCCUGGUGUACACAGGCCUGGCCAAUCGUCUGUCAUUCUUCUUCCGCAUGGCGUCUCGCAGCGUGACAGAGGUGGUCAACGAGCUAACUAAGAACAAUGACCUCAGGGUCAUCUUCAGCUACAUUUUUGGCACUUACGGUAACAUGCCCAAGGAAGCCAGCUUCUCCAUGCACAGCCUGAUGGUCUGCCACUACCUGACUGGUGCCUGGUACCCAAUAGGAGGAGCCAGUGAGAUCGCCUAUCACAUGAUCCCUAUCGUUGAGAAAGCCGGGGGCGUACUCGUCCGUGCCCCAGUCAACCGCAUCCUGUUCAACGACAACAAGGAGGCUAUUGGUGUGAGCGUGAUGAAGGGUCAGGAGGAGGUCCAUGUGCAUGCUCCAAUGGUCAUCUCCAACGCCGGCAUCUUCAACACCUAUCAGCAGCUGCUGCCUAAGGAACUCCAGGACAUGCCAGCCAUCCAGAAGCAGCUUGGUAUGAUGAAAAACGGGGCGGGAGGUCUGAGCAUCUUCCUGGGCCUGACUGGAACCAAGGAGGACCUGGGCCUCAAAGCAGACAACUACUGGAUCUUCACAGAGCACAACAUGGAUGAACUGGUUGAGACCUAUCUGAAGGGUAACCGGGAGGAGUCAGCGAAAAGUGUUCCCAUCCUCUUUGUUGCCUCUCCAUCAGCCAAAGAUCCCACCUGGGAGGAACGAUCACCAGGCAAGUCCACCCUGAGUCUGGUGAGCUUUGCUAACUAUGAGUGGUUUGAGGAGUGGAAGGAUGACAAGGUGACCAACAGAGGGACUGAUUACAAGGAGCUGAAGCAGAUAUUCUGUGACUCGAUUCUGGAGGUGGUGAUGAGCGUCUUCCCCAAGAUUACCAGGGACAAGGUUGAGUUCAUCGAGGCUGGAACACCCAUAACAAACACACACUACAUUGGAGCCCCAAAAGGGGAGAUCUAUGGAGCAGACCAUGGCACAGCUCGUUUCAGCGCUGAGUGCAAUGCCACCGUGAGGCCCCAGACACCCCUGAAGAACCUCUACCUCACAGGUCAGGAUGUGUUUGUGUGUGGCUUUGCUGGUGCACUGGCUGGGGCUCUGACCUGUGGUUCUGUCAUCCUCAACCGUAACCUGCACCUGGAUGCCGUCGCUCUGGCCAAGAAGACCAAACGUGUCGACACUAAGAAGUUGAAGUAGCACGCUACUGACCACCUCCCUCAACCCGUUGUUGCUCCAGGUGAAGUUUCCCUUAUGUACAGAUCUAGGAUCAACUUCCUCUCCCCAAAUCCACAUUAGUGGCGGAAAAUACCCAGGAUCAGCAUCUAGGGGUAUUUCACCCUACUCCAUCCAACUCACCAAAGCUACAAUAACACAAGCGCAGGGACAGGCUUCAAUCUCUGGUCCUACAGUGAAAAGAUGCCUCAAGACGGUUACUGUGUGUUUUGAGUGUGUAACUAUUCUUAUCAAUAAGUGUAGAGAACUGUGCUCUCUCUCACUGUUAAGGGAAAACGCAUUUGAAAGUUGAGGAAUCUUUCAAUCAAAUGUAUUUUAUAAAGCCCUUCUUACAUCAGCUGAUGUCACAAAGUGCUGUACAGAAACCCAGCCUAAAACACCAAACGGCAAGCAAUGCAGGUGUUGAAGCACGUUGGCUAGGAAA